CAUUUAUUGCAGCUCUUGCACGGGAGCAGCAGGGAAAGUCACCCAUAAAGUGCGGGCGAGCUAGACGGGAGAGCUUUUUUCAUCUCGGGAUAUUCGGGUUUGGGUUGGGUUUUCUUUUGUUUGUUUGUUUUUUCCUCCCUCUUCUGACAAGAAGUUUUACUUUCCUCUCCCUGGUCCCUGGGAUCGCAGCCAGACAGGAAGCGUUUUCUCACGGCCAGUGAGCUCCCUCCGUCCUUCCUGCGCUCCUCCGGCUCCUGGUGAUUCAGCUCUGAAUCGAUUUUCUCCGUCGUCCAUCACCUGGGGAAGGAGGGGACCGUCCCCGCGGCCUCCACUCGCAGCCGCUCAUCCCGCCCGGGGUGGAUGCGUCUCCUCCGGGACGGGCUCCCCAGGGAAGUUCACAGCCAGGAGCAGCCGCGCAGAGGCUGAAGCUCCGUGGGAGAGCCCCAGGGACACUCUCGGACCCCUCCACUAGAAGCCAUGGCCGACAGCCAGAUGCCCUUCUCCUGCCAUUACCCCGGCCGGCGCAGCGUCCGCGACCCAUUCCGGGAGCCCGGCUUGACCUCACGCCUGCUGGAUGAUGAUUUCGGCAUGUCCCCCUUCCCCGCGGACCUGACGGCCGACUGGCCUGACUGGGCUCGGCCCCGGCUCACCACCACCUGGCCGGGGCCCCUGCGUGCUGGCAUGGCCCGCGCCUCCGCCAUGGCCCCCGGCUACGGCGCCCGCUUCGGGGGGUACCCCGAGAGCCGCAGCCCCGCGCCCUUGCCCCGCGAGCCCUGGAAGGUGUGCGUCAAUGUCCACAGCUUCAAACCGGAGGAGCUGACGGUCAAAACCAAGGACGGCUACGUCGAGGUGUCAGGCAAACACGAGGAGCAGCAGGUGGAAGGAGGGAUCGUCUCCAAGAACUUCACCAAGAAAAUCCAGCUGCCCUAUGAGGUGGAUCCCAUCACGGUCUUCGCCUCCUUGUCACCAGAGGGGCUGCUGAUCAUCGAGGCACCCCAGAUUCCCCCCUACCAGCAGUCCAGCGAGGGCAGCUGUGGCAGCGAGAUCCCCGUGGAGAGCCAGGAGGCCACCUGUGCCUGACCAGCCACCUGUGUCCCUCCCAUGCCCCAACACCCCUCCUCCCCUCUCCCACUGGACCCCCUGAUCCCCAAUCCCCUGUGAUGCGGUGUCCAGCCAGCCUUUGGUGAGGGUGAUGGUGCCACUCAGGGGGAUGGCAGCACCCACCAACCCCCUGGGGGGACCAGCUGAGAGCUGGGACACAUGUACCAGGCACCAGGCCCCCCAGGGCUUGUAGCAGUCUGAGGUGCUGGUAGAGAUUUUGUGCCCAUGGAGCUGAGCAGAAUGGAAAUCCUUCAUUGUGGUGGUUUUUUUGCUCUGAGUUGCUCAAAUGGGAUAUUUAUAACAGUAGCAAAAAAGGGCCCUGUUCUCUCUAAAGUUGACAUAGAAUCCUGUAGCCCUGUGUCUUUUCCUCCUCUGUGGGUUGUUUUGGGUUUUUUUUUUGUCUUUUUUUUUAAAACCACAUCUCUGCAAAGGAGGAUGGACAUCCAGAUCCGGCGGUGGAGCUUGAUGGCACAUCCUGAGAAAUACAAACUGUCCAUGUGUUGUGAACAUUGA